GGACUCUAGGCUGCGCUGCCGUGCGCCGUACGCACGGGCACGUCGAGAGUCCCCGCGCCUCUCUUUUUGACACCAUUAUUUGCAGAAGACGCAACAAUGGCAAUGGCGAACUCUUGCGUCGCUACGACAACUUUCUCGCGCUCCAGAUUCAACUCGCCGAUCUUCUCCCUGGACAACUCCUUGCUUUCUCAACCUCAGUUUCUUUCUCUUUCCACCAAAACACUUCCCUUCAGGAAAUUGUCAGGGUCACAUGGAAGGGAAAGGAAUUGGCCAAAUUGUCGGGCGAGGGCUGUUUACUCGGGCAGCGAUUGGGCAUCUGAAAGGAGUUUGCGCCAAGGGAUUUGGUCUAUAAGGGAUGAUUUGGCAGUUGUUUCUUCAUCUUAUUUUCCUUUCAAUGCACAAGGAGCUCAGGGGCCACCACCGAUGGUACAAGAGCGUUUCCAAAGUGUGGUCAGCCAGCUCUUCCAGCAUAGGAUUAUACGUUGCGGUGGAGCUGUUGAUGAUGAUAUGGCAAAUAUUAUUGUUGCCCAGCUUCUUUAUCUCGAUGCUGUUGAUCCUCAAAAGGAUAUUGUGAUGUAUGUUAACUCUCCAGGAGGAUCAGUUACUGCAGGUAUGGCAAUUUUUGAUACUAUGAGACACAUUAGACCCGAUGUCUCCACUGUAUGUGUUGGACUGGCAGCCAGCAUGGGGGCUUUUCUCCUUAGUGCCGGCACAAAAGGGAAAAGGUACAGCUUGCCAAAUUCAAGAAUAAUGAUCCAUCAACCUCUUGGUGGUGCUCAAGGUGGGCAAACCGAUAUAGACAUCCAGGCUAAUGAGAUGCUGCAUCACAAGGCGAACCUGAACGGGUACCUGGCCUACCACACGGGCCAAAGCCUUGAGAAGAUCAACGAGGACACUGACCGGGAUUUCUUCAUGAGUGCCAAAGAGGCGAAAGAAUACGGGCUCAUAGAUGGAAUUAUCAUGAACCCCUUGAAAGCCCUUCAACCGCUGGCAGCUACAGCCAACCAACAAUGACAACAACCGCUGGCUGCUGCCAUUUGCACCAAAUUAAAGCAUAUUGUCGUGUAACAACAAUGGCAGGAGGGUUUUCGCUUAUCAGCUGUAUCUUUUUCUGCCCUAUUUUUCCCAUGCAUGGAUUAUCUGUUUAGUAAUUCUAAUGUAUCCAUUCUCUCAUUCCAAAUGGGUCCUUACUGGGCUCACUCAUACGCAUUUCCUGGCCAAACUGGCUUCAAAAUGGGCCAAUUUUUUUUUACGUAAUGUGCACGAUUGAUUAAUGCUUAAUACUUGGGAUUAUUGCGUU